UCCUCGAAAGACCCGGAAAUGCCCGAGAUAGCCCGGAAAGAGUCGCCCGAGCGACAGCGGCCCCUCCGCCCCUCCUUUCGAACGCCGAACGGAAGUCUCCGAAACCAGACGGCGCUUGACGAAGGGCGGCCGGACGUCCAGGAGACGUCGCGAGCUCCGGGUUGGAGGUCGCCUCCGAGCGCCGAGGCCGUCUCGGGAACUUCCCGAACGCCCCCGAAGCUCCGGGGAGGGCAGGCAGCAGCGCCACACAAGAUGGCGGACGGGGAGGAGGUUACUCUGGACGGGAGGCCGCUUCAGGCGUUGAGAGUCGCCGACUUGAAGGCGGCUUUGGAGCAGCGGGGCCUGCCUAAGAGCGGGCAGAAGAACGCCUUGAUUAAGCGGCUCCGUGGGGCCCUGAUGCUCGAAAACCUCCAGAAGCAUUCAACCCCACAUACCACCUUCCAACCCAAUUCCCAGAUUGGAGAGGAGAUGAGCCAGAACAGCAUCAUCAAGCAAUACCUGGAAAAACAGCAGGAGCUGCUGAGGCAGCGUCUGGAACGGGAAGCCCGGGAGGCGGCUGACCUAGAAAGCAAAAGCUGUGUCAUCUCGCGCAAGAGGGAUGAAUCAGAUGAAGAGGAAACCCGGAAACCGGAAGAGCACCUUUCUCGGGUCAGGCAGGCCAGAGCAGUGAAGACCGCAGGAGGCGGCCAUGCGCUGGUGAGCGAAGAGCGGGAAACUUCCCUUCGAAGUCGGAGAGCUGCUCAGCGGGUGCCUGUCAAAGAGGAGGAGGAAGAGGAGGAGGAGGAAGAAGAGGAGGAGGAGGAAGAAGAAGAGGAGGAGGAGGAGGAAGAUGCGCCGCCUUUGCUGGUCGGCCAGACGCCCAUGAGGCCUGAGGAGCCGGGCAUGCCAGCUCCCCAAGAGACGGGCAUGUUCCAAGCUUCCCUGCCCUUCGUCCUGCAAGCCCAGCAAACAGAGGCUCGCUCUCAGAUGCCAGACAGCCCGAGCGGCGAAGCCGCCAUGCCAGUCCUCGCACACUUGCAGAGAUCAGAAGACGAGGAGGCUCAGCCCUGGGCAACAGACCCCGGGGAAAAGCAACAGGCAACUCUAACCCCAGGGGAAUCCCCCAUGGAAAAGGAGCCCCUCCCAGAUACCCCAAAGGAGGUUUCACCCCAGUUACCCGAAGCCUUAAAAUUGGAGUCCGAAGAAGACCCAGGCCUUCUGAAGGAGCCGAAGUUGACCGAAACUCUCCAGGAGAAGGAGGAGGUGAUGAUGGAGCAGGCCGAGACCCCAGCGGCUGUUGUCUUGGAGAAGGAGGGCGAUCCCCAGAACAAGGGGACCCCAGAAGCAGUGGCAACCCAGGCACUGCGCAGCCUAGAGGAAGAGGCAUCUGCUGCCGCUGCAGCGCUAGUACAGGCCUCUCCCUCUCCCCCGCAGCUGAUCGAAGCACAACAGUCGCAACAGGAUCCCCGGGGGGAUGAGCUGCCUCUGCCGCUCCUGACCAAGGAAGCCCCCGCGGGACUCGCUCCCGUGGAAGACGAAGCCCCUCCUCAGCUCUCUCAGCCAUCGCCCCCCGCUCAGGAAGCACCGGCUGCAGCCAGCCUCGGAACCUCGCCAUCCCCCUUGGCACUCCCGCCACACCAGCCCUUACGGCCCGGCAGCUCCCGCUCCUCUUCCUCCUCCUCCUCCAGCUCCUCUCGUUCCCGCUCCCGGGGCAGCUCACCAUUACGCUCCCGGGCUAGGAGGACCCGCUCCGCUUCCUCCGAAUCACCUGCUCGGAAACGACCAGCUUUGGAACUACGAUCCCGCUCCAACUCAGAGCAGCGUAGCAGUUCGGGCUCCCAGUCCCGUUCCAGCAGCAGAGGCAGCAGCAGCAGCAAGUCCCGCAGCCGUGAAGCUUCGCGGGACAGCACCAGUUUUCCCCCCACCAAAGAGCCCUCCCCACCCCACAGCCCCAAGGCCCAGCCCCAAGAGAUUCUCUCCAGCUCCAGGGACAAAGAAGGAAGCACCCUCUCCCCUCCUCCGAGGCCACACAGCCAUACCCCACAACAGCAACCACCAGCAUGCAGCAUGCAGGCCGAGACCACAUUACCAGAACGAGGCAGCCCAGAGCCCCUCUUUCCCACGGAGGAGGGGUCUGGCCUAGACAUCGGGGGCCUCGUCUCAGAGCCGCAGCGUCCGAUUGAGCCGCCGCACAGCAAAAUGAAGCCACCUCAAGAGCAAAGCUGUCUCAACCGUGUUCUGGGGAAACUGCUCCGGUUUUUAACUCCUUUCCUCCCUCCCUCGCUUUUAGCAUCCUCCGUGGCCAAAGGGCCCGUUACCACGAACAGCGACACUGAAGGAAGCCAGCCAGCGGGCCGCAAACGGCGCUGGGGCGCCAGCACCGCCACGACCCAGAAGAAACCUUCAAUCAGCAUCACCACCGAGUCCCUCAAGAGCCUGAUCCCAGAGAUUAAGCCGCCACCGGGAGGCCAGGAAGCCGUGGUGGACCUUCAUGCUGAUGACUCCCGCAUCUCUGAAGACGAAGCCGAGCGCCACCUGGAAGAGCCAGCUCUCGAGAAAGCACUCAAGAUCUGCCGUACCGUCACACAGGUGGUCCCCGUCGAAGGGCAGGAGAAUGGCCAAGGGGAGGAGGAGGAGGAAGAGGAGGAGGAAGAGGAGAAGGUCCACGAGGAAGAACAGCCGGAGUUGGAGCCCGUUAUCGCUGUAGAAGCCGUGGUUCUGCCUCCCCCGGUAGAGCAUGAAGUCAAAAAAGUCACGCUGAGCGAUACGCUCACCCGGCGGUCCAUCAGCCAGCAACGUUCCGGGGUCUCCAUCACCAUCGACGAUCCCGUCCGCACGGCCCAGGUCCCGUCCCCGCCACGGGGCAAGGUCAGCUGUAUCGUUCACAUCUGCAACCUGGUGAGGCCCUUCACCCUUGGGCAGCUGAAGGAGCUGCUGGGCCGGACGGGCACCCUGGUGGAGGAGUCAUUUUGGAUCGACAAGAUCAAAUCACACUGCUAUGUGACAUAUUCAACAGUGGAAGAAGCCGUCGCGACGCGAAACGCCCUCCACGGGGUCAAGUGGCCGCAGUCUAACCCCAAGUUUUUAUCCGCUGAUUUUGUGGAGCAGGAUGAGCUGGAUUUCCAUCGCGGUCUUCUGGUUGACCGUCCGGCCGAGGCCAAGGCCGAUGAAGCGCCCACCUUCCCUGGGGUGGGCCCAACCACGCGGGGGGAACGGGAGCUGUCCCGGCGCUCGGAGGCACGGGAGCGGGAGGCGGCCGUGCGGGAGCAGUGGGCCGAACGGGAGCGAGAGAUGGAGCGCCGGGAGAGGACCCUGGCGGAGCGGGAGUGGGAUCGGGACAAGGUGCGCGAGGGGCCCCGUUCGCGCUCCCGGUCCCGAGAGAGACGCCGCAAGGAGCGGCCCAAAUCAAAGGAGAAGAAAGCAGAGAAGAAAGAAAAGGCCCAGGAGGAACCUCCGGCUAAACUUCUGGACGAUCUGUUCCGCAAAACCAAGGCAGCCCCGUGCAUUUAUUGGUUACCCCUCACGGACAUUCAGUGUGUCCAGAAACAGGCCGAGCGAGCGGCUCGCGCGCGUGAACGGGAACGCCGGCGCAAAGAACUGGAAGCUGAGGAAGCCCGUCAGCGGGAACGCAACCGUCAAGCUGAGCGGGAUAAGCGGCGGGAACACAGCAGAGAGCGAGAACGCGAGCGCCCCAAUGCCACCAGCGGUGGUGGGGCCAGUCGAGCGGGCGAACGCAGCGGCCGAGGAGACCGCGAACGGCGUGAAGCCAAAAGCCGCCACAGCCGGAGUCGGAGUCGGAGCACGCCUGUACAGGACAGAGGGGGGCGCCACUGAGCUAUUCCUCAGCCUUUCUUUUGACCUUCGGGGCAGGGGAAGGAGUUGGUGGGGGGGGGCACUUUCCCUGAAUCGAGCUCCUGAAUUUUGCAGUCAAGGAGGAACAAGGAGGGGGCAUGGAGUUUUUUGCCCACCACUGGAAAGGCCGCGAGGGGUCCAGCGUGGCUGGAGAGUGGCCGAAGUGGUAGGGCUCUCCCCCUUCCCCCCCCAAACGUGGGGAUAAGUUUGAUUUCCGACACCUCCUGCUCCCCUCUUCUGGAGCCAGUGUCCUUCCCGUUGAUUUGUAUUUUAUUUUGGGAAAUUUUUUUUUUUAUUAUUCUGCUGAUAAUACAGGAAAGAGAGCAUAAUAAAAGAGA